CAAAUAAACGAUUAAAUGUAUAUCUAGAUAUAUUUGCAAACCUGUACAUUAGUAUUUAUUAACUAUAUAUGUAUUGAAUUAAGGUAUUAAUAUUGGAGUUGAGUCUUGCUUCGUUUUAUUUAUAUUUAAAUUUAUGGUAUGGUUUAAAAUGCUUCCGUUCAUGUGGACUCGUGUAUGGCAGUUGUAAGAAGUGUUCUUGGAAGUGUCGACAAUCUUUUUUUAACAGUCACUGCAGCGUUACCAUGUCGAACGAGACACUUUUGCAUAAUAUGAAAUUGUUAUGGACUCGUAUUUUGCAAGUUCACCGUUCUAGAUCUAUUGUAUUAAGCGCGCAAAGUUUGUCAGACCUGCUUGGUAACCGAUGUGCCCGGUUGAUUUUUGGACAAAGUUGUACGCAAAAUGUAAAUCACUUCAAAAACUCUGUCUCUCAUGUUGCAAAUGCCAUAGGUGAAUGUUUUACUAAGCAGUGUAAUGGAAUCGCAGUGCAGAGACUGCGAAGAGCAUCGCAGAUUGUUGAUCUCUACAAGAGACUGUAUGGUGAGAUAAUGAUGAUCAAAUUCGUCGAUCGUAUCAGAGGGUCAUUCUUACGCAACAAGUCCCUGUUUGUUUUGCUGAGUGCUGCAUUCUUUUCAUGGGAUGACAAACGAGUUACAGAUGAGGAGCUCAAAGGAUUUGAAGAUGAAAUGGUCGCAGUGCAAGGCCUUGUUCACCAACCUCCAGAAACUCGGAUACAGGAUUGCUGUGAAUGGGAAACGGUUAUCGACAAACAACACCUUAAAGUGUGGAGAAGACCCAUCCAGGACAGUUACACUUACCAGUACAGAGUUUAUGGUUCUUUCACCGAUAUACCAGCAAGAGCAUUUUACAACACACAGGUAGAUUUGUCCUACAGGAAGCAGUGGGACAGACUGACGAUUGAUAUCCGAGUGGUUGAUCAAGACAGAGAAUCUGACUCGGAAGUCGUGUAUUGGCAGAUGAAGUACCCUUACCCCAUGUACAGCCGUGACUACGUUUAUGUGAGGAGGUACAAAGUGGACCAUCAGAACAAAAUGCUGCUGAUUACCAACCGCGCAGUCGAACAUCCCAUGUGUCCUGUGAACGACAACUUUGUGAGGGUCUCGACAUACAUGUCCACCAUGGUCAUACAUCCUCACAGCAGUUUCGAUGAGAAUGGAUUUGACUACUGCAUGACGUACUUUGAUGACCCACAAGCUGCUUUCCCAUCCCCUGCAUACAACUGGAUGGCUCGGACAGGUGUACCUGAUUUUGUGGAAAAGCUCCAUAAAGCUGCACAGUUCAUGCACGAGCUCACUGUGAAGAAACAGAAGUCGUCGUCUGUUCCAGAACAGGAAUCGGACGGCACAUUUUCUUAUCCAGGGUCACAGUACGCUUGACAUCGCUGUUAUGACUUCUCACCAUUGACGUUUUAUAAUGUUGAAUAAUUAAUUCUACACAAUCAUGAGAUGAAAUUUUCAGUAAAAUUGAACAUAAAUUGUUUUCUACCCAAAAAAUCACAGCAUUGUACUGUUUUCAUGUGGGGGGUUUUCAAAGAAAAAAAAAGAAAACUUCAAAAAGAAAAAAGAAAGUGUAAAAAAGGACCAAUGCAAAUAUAUAUUUUUACUGUGGUCUGCUUCAUGGUCCAUGGAGCGAUGGUUGCAGAAUGGGAGGAUAUUUGUGCAGUCACUUUAAAAUGUACGUUAUGUAAGUUUGUGUUUGAGAAUGUAACAUGGGGGGCAGGAUUUAGCUCAGUCGGUAGAGUGCUCGCCUGAGGUGCUUAGGUCAUGGGAUCGAACCACCUCAGUGGACCCAUUGCGUUGUUCCGUCCUAACAAGUGCCUCAUGAUUGAUAUUUCGUAGGUCGUGGUAUGUGCUGUCCUGUCUGGGGGAAAGUAUAUAAAAAUGCCAUGCUACCAAAUGAAAAUGUAACAGGUUUCCUGUAAAAACGUGUCUGAAUUAGCAAAUAUUUGACAUCCAGAAGCUGAUAAUGUACUCUACUUUAACUUUGAGUAUUUUAACAGAGGCAUUAUAUUUAUACACAAUUUCAUUUGUAUUUUAUACUCAUUGGUAGUGAUCUUUUAGUUGUAUAUUUUUAUAUGGAUUGGUUUGAUAUUUGAUAUCAACUCGAUUAAGUCAGCAAGUGAGAUUUAGGUAUUGGUUAUGCAAUAGCGACAGCAUCAACUUUUGUACUGGCUAUAUGUUCAAAUUUACUAAUACUAAACUUAAGACUGCCUACUUUGUGCAUUUAAUACAUAGAUUUGAUUGUUUAAAACAUUUUGUCAGUGUUGUAUGCACCUUGUAAAUAAGUAUGUGUGGAAUUUUGUUGAUUCUGUGUUCCUUUCAGCCAAAGCCAUUUGGAUGGAUAUACAUGUUGAUCACUUUAAAAGUGUAAAAGAAAUAGUGAAAAAAAUACAGUUAUUACAUGAAUAUAAGUAGACUAUAAAUGUUAAUACAUUUCAUAAAGGAUAUGACUUUCUAAAAAAAAAUUCACUGUAAUGUAGACUACAUUGUAACAAUGUUUUCAUUUGUUACUUUUUGUUCACUACAGAUAAUAAUAUAAAAAAAAAAUAUAUAUAUAUAUAAUACCCAGAUUAAUGAUAAUGUCAGGAUAUGUCGAAUUUUGGAAUAGGUUUUGAUUCAGGGUAUGAUCUUUAUCAAUCAAAAAAUGAUAUAUGCCAGUUUCAUGAAUUUGGAGUUAGUGGCAGUAUAGUUACGAUGAUACAGGUGGACAAAACUACAAUACAGUUUCCAUCAAAACACCAUACAUGUCCAAUUUAUGUGCUGUUAAAGUAUUUUGUUCCAAAAAGCAAUAUAUACUACAGUCACUUUGUGGCACACUGCUCAAUCUGCGAUUGCUAUAUGAACAUGUCAUAGUCCUUGCAAGCCCAUCACGACACUACGAGGUACAAAUAGAACACACAAAUAUCUGAAUGUCACUUUGCAUGACCAUAUCCCUACAAAAAUAAUAAACUUGAUCAUUUUAAAUGUAAUGGGACUAUGCAACAAAUACUCUAGGGGUAUGUUAUAAUGGAUGACAGAAGGGUGUAAUUUAAGUGCUACGUAAUGUUUUCUUUAAUGUGAAGUAAAUCGAACCAGUCAUGUCCAUUUUGUGAUAUUCUUUUAACAUGACUUUAAUAUUUAUUAUUAAACAAAAAUCAUAAAAAAAAUAAUUAAAAAAACCCCUGAAUAUUGCCUGUCAGAUUAUUUCAUAGUGGUACAUGGUGUCUUGAAACGUUAAAAAUUAUUUGAUUGAUCUUAAGUUUUAACACACAGGAGUUGUUGAUUGCAUAAUGACCUGGUUAGGCAUUAACAAACAUUUGUUUAUUGUUUUAUUUUUUUAUGCUUAAAAGGUGCCAUUGGAAUUCUUUUUAAUUCAUAAAAAUUAUUGAUAUUAAAUUCAAAUGGAUAUAUAUAUUGACAAAAGCAAUUGCAAUAAUUCUAGUUUUAGUGGGAAUAGUUUAAAAGGUAGAUCUAUAGCAAUUUUAUUUGUUUAAUCUUUAAAGCAUCAUUUGGCAUUUGAUUAAAAAACAACAAGUUUUUUUGAAAAUGACAAAAAUGCAUUUCGAGCGUUUUGGAAAUACUCUUCACAUUCUGAAUGUCUGAUCUUUGUUAAGGCACCUAUGUGGUACAGUAUUGAUUGGAUUUCUCUGAAUUCUCCAGUUAUUUGUUUAACUAUUUUAAUUCAAUAACUAAUCAUAUUUACGAAUGACUGUCUGGUUAAAGAAUGUGUUUGUCUCAUUGUGUAAGUCGAUUACAAAACAUUUUUUUAUGUGGCAUCAAUUUUUUUUUAGCAGUUUAACUGCCACAUAAUACUGUUCGACUUUUGAUAUGGAUGUUAUAGUUUGUGAUUGUUGAAUUUAUUGCCUUUGUUAUUUUGAAACGUUGAAAAGUAUUUUGAGUAUUUGAAUGUUGAACUGUACAGUUUGAGAAUGAAAUGUUACAGUUCUUGCAGUGUUAAUAGCUAUUGAAAAUAUUUUAUUGAAUGAUAUUCAUUAACAAUGUCGUCAAUGUCAAAAGAUGUUAUUUGUUGUGAACAUAUUUCUUGAAUCUCUUGUGCAAUCCUGUGGCAGUGCCAUUUAACCAAGAUUGCUGAGAAAUUAUCAUUUCACCUUUGGCUUUCCAGUAACCCAGAACAACCUAGAUUAACAUUUUUAACCCUUAAUUAUGACAGGAACUAACUCGGUAGAAUGCUCACCUGAGGUGCGUAUGCCGUAGGCUAUCAAAGGCCUUGGUAUGUGUAGUCAAUCUGUGGGAAAGUGCAUAUAAAGAUUCCUUGCUGAUGACUUGGUCAGAAUUAUCAAAUGUAUUGACACCCAAAAGCCGAUUAUUAUUUAAUCAAUGUGUCCAAUUGGUGUCACUAAGCAUUACAAACUUCAACUUUUUGGAGUCUGUUAAAAACAAAAGACAUCACAAACUAAAAAGUAAAAUGUCUUUGUGAUCUUAUCUAGGGGUUGAAUAUUAAAAAUAUUCACACAUGUCAGCAACAGAUAAUCAAGUUUAUGGAAGAAAGAUUUUGGUGUUUGUUUUGUUUUCAUACUCUGUAUUUUAUGAGCGAUAAUUAUGUUGAGUGCUAGUAUUGAUUGAAAAACUAAUAUAUUUAGUUUGAACAUACGUUGUAUUCUGUGGUAGUAAAUGCAACUGCUAAACAUU